UACCACGUUUACAAUCUUUUAGAAGGAAUAGUCCACCCAACCAGCAUAACUCUAUAUAACUCGACCAAAACAUAAGUUUCAAAUAGAAUUUGAAGAUGGAGAUGUUCUCACAGUUUGGUUCCUGGUUCGCCGGUCUCAUGUUCUUCUGGACAAUUUACCAACAUUACCUCCCACCCAAAUUACGCGAUUCGAUCGAGUUUUUCACCUCUCGUUAUACUCACAAAUUUGCCAAUUAUUUCUCUCCUUACCUUGAUAUUACCUUUGAUGAGCACACUGAUGAUCGUUUCAAUCGAAGUGAAGUUUACAUAGCCAUUCAAAAUUACCUUAGUGACAAGUCUUCUAUGGAAGCUAGAAGCAUGAAGGCUGAUUAUAUGAACGAUAGUAAGUCUUUGUUGUUGAAGUUAGGAGAAAACGAAGAGGUCAUGGAUGACUAUCUUGGUGUUCAUGUCUGGUGGUCUUUCAAUAAAGAAGUCACUAAUCAGCCUUCCUACCCUUUCCUCGGUGGCUCUGAUGAAAAAAGAUACUACACACUGGUGUUUCAUAGCAAACACAGGAAAUUCAUACUGGACAAGUAUUUACCAUAUGUUUUAGAGGAAGGCGAAGCAAUUGCAUUGAGAAAGAGAACGCGAAAACUAUUUACUAAUGCAGGAAGUGAUGGUCCAGAUUGGAUGGGCGAUAGAGAAAACAUAUGGAACCACAUCGAAUUCAAACACCCAGCAAGAAUCGAAAUGCUUGCAAUGGAGGAAACUAAGAAACAGAUGAUCCUUGAUGAUUUACUCUGGUUCAAAGGCGCAAAGGACUAUUACGCGCAAAUCGGAAAGCCAUGGAAGCGAGGUUAUCUUCUCUAUGGUCCUCCUGGAACAGGGAAAUCAACACUAGUUGCUGCCAUUGCUAAUCUUUUAGACUAUGACAUUUAUGAUCUUGAAUUAACUUCAGUUAAGGAUAACAUGCAACUUAGAAGGUUAUUGAUUGAAACCACUAGUAAGUCUAUUAUUUUGAUAGAAGAUAUAGAUUGUUCAUUGGAUUUGACAGGCCAAAGAAAGAAGAAAAAAUCAGGUGAUGUGGAAGGAGAAGAAGAAAAAGACUACUUAAAGAGUAAAUUAGCCGGAUCAGGUGAAGGUGAAGGUGAAAAGAAAGGAAGUGAAGUUACUUUGUCUGGUUUGUUAAACUUCAUUGAUGGAAUUUGGUCAGCUUGUGGAGAGGAGAGAAUUAUUGUGUUUACGACUAAUUAUGUGAAUAAACUUGAUCCUGCUUUAAUUAGGCGAGGUAGAAUGGAUGUGCAUAUCGAAUUGUCUUACUGCCGAUAUGAUGCAUUUAAGGUACUGGCUAGGAGUUACUUGAAACUCGAAUCGCAUUCUUUGUUUGAGCCAAUUGAGAAGUUGUUGGAGGAAACAGAUGUUACUCCUGCGGAUGUGGCUGAGAAUUUGAUGCCUAGAUCACUUAAAACAGUUAGUGCUGAGGCUUGUUUAAGGAAUUUAGUUACAUUUCUUGACAAGGCAAAGCAUGAACAAGAAAACAGGUUAAGAAGUGAGCAAGAAAAAAUGUUGAAGGAAAGUGGAGAGAAGCCAAUGUUGUUGAUAGAAGAAGAAAACUCAGACGAAUAUUGAUAAAAAACAUGCUAACAUUUAAUCAUCAUUCAUGUGAUGAAAGGCUCCAGCGUUUGUUGACGAGAGAAUUAUGUGAUUACUACACAAGAACACGUAUGUAUUUAUGAGGUGUUAUUUAAUGGGGUUUUACAUAUUAUAAAAAAAAAAUUAUGGCUAGUUUAAAGGUUAUCUUCUCUCUUCCCCGUUAUUAAUCUAUCUUUAUAUCUAUACAAAUAUAUUAAAAGGCCUCAAGUACAUUUACUAAAGUUUUAACCAUUAGGCUACAUUGUAUUUAAUGUUAUUAUCAUAAAGUAUUAUAUUAAUAAAUGAAUUUUUUUCUUA